CACACCUACUAGUUCUCAGUCCUUUCGCAGCGGCCAACGGUAUCGCUUGUGCCGCUACUUGCUACGCACAAAAUAAACAGCGACGCGAGGAAAUCUAUCGUGCAGUGUUACGAUGCAAACUAGUGUUUAUAGAUUUUGGACGGGGUGAUCUAUUAGACUUUGUGAUAGAGACAAACAAGGAUUGAGUGCAGUGUUAAUUGACGUUAAAAAUGCCGAAAAUCUUUUUGAUAAAAAAGAGGCUGCAUGAGCAGCAGCUCGGGUUGCAAGAAGGGCAGGAGUUGCUCGCGAGCAAAGCGGACUCCUUGUGCCCCGGCUCCCCUCUAGAUGAUGGUCCCAUUCCGCUCCUGUCUAAGAAGGAUAAAGAAUGCGAUCGCGACGUAUUCGGCGAAAGCAAUGGAAAUAGAACAUCGCAAGAAAGACGCACUAAAGAGCCGAGAAGAUUCAUAUCUUCCAUCCUCGGGGGUGAAAUUCCUUACGGAAGUCACAGAGGUCAUGUCCUAACUCAAGCAGAAAGAAAACAAUAUUUGCCUGUAGCAGUUGAUAGCAAAAAAGUUGAAGAUAAACCCUUAAUAAAGGAAGAAAAAGAUGUAUUACAAGCCGAUCCAAUUGUUCUUCCGUCUAGGAAUUCACCUUCACCUGAAGCUACACCAUCACCUGGUAUUGAUAAUAAUGUCACAUGCCAAAAAGUUUCAGUUAUUCAAAGAACACCAUCACAAUCACAAUUCCAAAACAACAAAAAAGAAUUAUCUGAUGUAUGUCUUCCAGUUACUUUACCUCCUUCAGAACCAGAACAAGAUCAGCCAAUAGACUACGCAAUAGCUAAGAAGAGAGGCGAGACUGAAGACGAAGAAACCGAAAAGAAAAUAAGAGAACAAAGACGAACCAGCAGUUCCAAAAUUGCUAACGGUAUUUUGGCAAGACCAGUACUAGUAUUAAGAAAUUGUCCUGGGAAUAAAUUACCAGGCAUUAUCAACGCUGCCGCAGGCCAUGGUCGCUCAACUAAUGGCAAUAGUUCAAAUUCUGGUUCACAAAGUACCGGUGGGUCAGGAAGUUUUAGCUCAGGUGCUGGCAGUGCAGCCCCCUCUUCGGGUGGAGGUGGAGGAGCGCUUGGUGGCGGAUCUGGUAGCGGUGGUAAUGGUCGUGAUGGUAGAUCAAAUUAUGGACCUAACAGCCCGCCCACAGGCAGCCUUCCACCCUUUUAUGAAACACUCGGACCAAACACCAAAGGAGGACAAAGUUCGUUUAAUGCAAACGGUAACUUUUCAAACGAAUUUAAUAUGAUAAAUGGUUUUAACAUGGAUUGUGAAAAUACAGAUAAUGCUAACACAAAUUUCCCAGAACAAAGUAAACAAUAUUCUUUAAUGCAAAACGCGCACUAUGGAAUUGCAUUGAAAGAUGAAGAAAUUGAUUACGACCGGAUUGAAAAUAAAUUAGAAAAUCUUGGAUCUAUCGGUAAUUACAGUAACAAUUUCGAUGAUUCUAUGGUUGUAGAUAUGGGUGAAGAUGUAAUUGACAACAAUCAAUUUUAUACAACCUUAACUUUUGCUUCUAAUGAAGGGAUUUUAGGUAAUCUUUCUGACUCUACCGAAGACUUUGCUAGCCUUCUCAACAAUCACGUUGAACAAAUAACAGAUUCAGAAAUCCGAGAAUCUUCAUCCAUUACACCUGAUUCUGUUCACAAUGGUGUAGAUAUUGAAUCCUUAGCGGAACAAGUAAACCUAAGCAGACAGUAUUACGAAAAAGCAAACUACAUUGCUUUUGCAAGCCAAGAACAAGGUUCCUCUUAUGGAUUUGCUAAGGAACGACCAGAUUUAUUAAUGCAGCUUAAUCCAGCACUCUUACCCCACAACGAAGGUCAAAUGCAACAACUACAAAUUCAUGUACAACUUCAACAAAGACAACAAAUACUAUCUCCUGGUUUCCCUUUCACUAGUCAUUCCUUGGAUUUGGAUUCACCAACUGGAGUUUCACUACCAUCACCUGGAGGCAACAGUUCCUUGGAUGGCAACAACCACAUCGAGAACUCAUCUUUAAGCCCUGCUGCUGCUGUAAGUGUGAAGAAAGGCUCAGUCGCCGAUAGCAAAAUUCAAAUCUUGCAACAAAGGUUGGGCCUUCCUGCUGAACUGCCAUUAGAAUUUAUAAACGGAGGUCACGGUGUAAAAAAUCCUCUAGCCACUGAAGCAAAUGCCAGACAAAGAGAAGAGGAGAAGAAUAAACAAGUAUUAGUAAGCGAAGAUGAUCCCACAAAAUUCGUCUGCAGAGUAUGCUCAAAGAACUUUAGCUUGCAGAGGCUGCUAAACCGUCACAUGAAGUGUCACUCUGACGUGAAACGGUAUCUCUGCACGUUUUGCGGAAAAGGAUUCAACGACACCUUUGACUUAAAAAGACACACAAGAACUCACACUGGAGUCCGACCCUACAAGUGCAAUCUAUGUGAAAAAUCUUUCACCCAAAGAUGUUCGCUAGAAUCUCACUGUUUGAAAGUUCAUGGCGUACAACAUACAUAUGCUUAUAAAGAGAGGAGGACUAAGAUGUACGUCUGCGAAGAAUGCGGCCACACAACUUCCGAACCCGAAGAGCACUACAUGCACCUUAAAAAACAACAUCCAUACUCUCCAGCCUUACUCAAGUUCUACGACAAACGACAUUUCAAGUUCACAAACGCAACAUUCGCAAAUCAACUACUAGGACAAUUACCUAUGCCAGUCCACAACUAAUAAUAAGACGUUUUUAAAUACAAAAUAAUAUUCAAGAUUUCUACUAAAAAUAUGUUGUAAUACUGAAAAAAAUACGAAUUUAUUCCGUCCGUUGGUUAUAAAGAAUGUAAAGCGAUCCCAGUGCAUGUUGUGUGUCUUCUGUCACGAUUUAGUUUAUAAAGAAAACUGUCUUCCAAGCUAACUGUAGAUCUCCUGAUUAUUGAGGAAUAUUAUUAACAACUUUAAUAUGGGAGCCAUGUCUCCUUUUUAAAAUACCUUAAUUUUUUAACAGUCAGAGGAGACUCCAUUAGCCUAUUGCGUUAGGCAUGACUGCAAUUAAAAAAUCAAAGUAUCGGGUAUUAUGUGCAAUGUUUGGUGAUGGUACGGGGUUAGUCUUAAGUUUAGAUGUAGCUGCAGAAUAAUUAAGACUUUUAAGAUACCUAUGUAAGUUUUAUGAUAAUAACACAUUUGCGGUUUCAUUUCAAGUCAGCGUAAGUUAGAAUAGAAUGCAUAGUGGAUGGUGCUAAUAGCGAGAUUAUGAAUCGCUGAAUUGAAAUGAAACAAUCUAUGAACCGGAUGACGUUUUUGUCCGAUUCAUUAUUAAAAAAAAUAAUACUUCGAGUGCGUUUUAAUACGCCUCGAUAGUAAUUAACUCAAUUAAGGAAUCUCGUUUCUUUCCUUUCUAGUGAUAUUAGAUUCUAAUUGACAUUAAAAUGAUAACACAAUUCAUGUCACAAUUUAAUGUGUACUUAAUACGUUAUGUUUGUUUUUGUUGGUACUUAUUUUGUAACAAAAUUUUUAAAUUUAUACGUGAACGCUCGCCCAGAGCUCACAUUAAGUCGUACCAAGUUUAAAUGCAUUUCUAGGAGUAUUUAUAUGAUUAAAUUAUAAAAAUAAUUGGUUUACAGUGUGUGCUGUGAGUGUGUGUAAGAAUUAUCUAUUAUGCUAAGUUAUUUAAUGCGUUGAUUGUUAUUACAUAAUAGAAUAUACAAAGUGUAAUUGAAAUAACGCACGUGUUAUGCGUAAUUAAGAGUUUAAGAACUUAUGAUGCUCAAUUUCGGUACAUUUGCGCUUUCACAGCGAAGCUUGUGGAUUUUAAUGAAAAAUUUGUAAAUAUGUAUUACUAAAUUUAUAUAUUAGUAGUAAAUUUUAAAAAUAUUUUAGUGGUACCUUAUUAGCUUUAUGAGAUUUCUAAAAAGAGAAUAUUGUAUAAAUUUGUAUGAAAAUUGUUAUAGCAUUUUGUACGAAGAAUACUUUGAUCUGAGCGUAUAUAUUGGCUUAUCAACAGUAAUUGGUUACACUCAAUUAUCUUGUGAUAGCGCAAUGCCUUAAUUUUAACUACUUAUCGGUUGCAUUUACUAGCAUUUUGAUGGCAAUGUAAAGUUAUAGUUUCAUAUUUUUAGAAACAAUCUGUUACAUUGUACUGAUAAGCAAUAAUAUAAUAUCAUGAUUAAA